UGUAGUUUUUAUGUCGCCGUCGACUAAUGGAAUGACUCAGACUUGGACAGCGUUACCCACAGUGCACCGCGAUGUAUUUGUAUCCGAUGACGGCCGAGGAUGGAGGCAGUUCUAGCCAAGUAUGAGAAUCAGUUUUCCGAGCUCCUAGAAGACCUGCCGGAUGCAGACGAGCCAGUGUGGAUCUUGGGAGAAUGUUACAACGUUAAAACAAAGAAAUCAGAGCUGCUCUCAGAUGUGCGAUCGCGAUUGUGGUUCACAUAUAGGAAAAAGUUUUCUCCCAUAGGAGGAACAGGGCCUUCAUCAGAUGCGGGCUGGGGCUGCAUGCUCCGCUGUGGACAGAUGAUCCUUGCACAGGCUUUGGUCUGCAGGCACCUCGGCCGAGAUUGGAGGUGGGAUCCAGAGAAACAUCAGCCCAAAGAGUACCAUCGUAUCUUGAGCUGCUUUCUAGACAAGAAAGAUAGCUGCUACUCCAUCCAUCAGAUGGCUCAGAUGGGCGUUGGAGAGGGCAAGUCUGUUGGAGAAUGGUAUGGACCGAACACAGUGGCGCAAGUACUCAAGAAACUUGCCCUGUUUGAUGACUGGAAUACUUUGGCUGUGUAUGUGUCAAUGGACAACACGGUUGUUAUUGAAGACAUCAAGAAACAGUGUCAGCAGCCAGGCCGGGAAAGCAAGCCCAGGGCUGGUCCCUGUGUCCGGGGAGAGGUGUCCGUGUCCGGCCAGAGCUGUUCAGAGGCUCAGGAAAGGGCGCUUCACCUUCAGUCACAAUCCCUGGACUGGAGGCCCUUGCUGCUGGUCAUUCCUCUCCGAAUGGGCAUUAACAGCAUCAACCCCGUCUACAUUCAGGCCUUCAAAGAGUGUUUCAAGAUGCCUCAGUCAUGUGGUGUUUUGGGAGGAAAGCCCAACCUGGCCUAUUAUUUUAUUGGAUAUAUUGAUGACGAGUUGAUCUAUCUGGACCCUCACACUACACAGCAGGCCGUGGACACUGAAUCAGGCAGUGCUGUGGACGAUCAGAGCUAUCACUGUCAGAGGACCCCUCACCGCAUGAAAAUCACCAGCCUGGACCCUUCUGUUGCACUGGGUUUUUUCUGCAAGAGCGAGGAGGACUUUGACAGCUGGUGCGAUCUGGUUCAGCAGGAGCUCCUCAAAAAAAGAAACUUGCGUAUGUUCGAGCUGGUAGAGAAACAUCCCUCUCAUUGGCCUCCGUUUGUUCCCCCCACGAAACCAGAGGUGCAGACCACAGGAGCAGAGUUCAUCGAGUCCCCAGACAAGCUUUUUGAGUCGGAAGAGGAGUUUGAGAUCCUAAACGUGUGAUGGGGUGUCUGUAGCCUUCCUCUGCUCCACGCUGCACAAGUGCCUCAGAUCAACACCAAGCACACGCUUACCAUACGCAAAAAAACACAGCAUCAAACAUGAGCUCGUGCUGUGGUUAACAGGAGAAAAAAAAAAAACAAGCCAAGGAUCCCGUAGCAACUUUGUGUGACGUUUCGCCUCACUCAGAGGCUUGUGUUUUUAACUAUGGAAACAAACAGAGAACUUGUCAAGUUGCAUGAACUUUCUCGUACUGUAUGAUGGAGUGGUGAAGGCUUUUAUGAGGAUGAUAUCUUUACAACCUCAACACACUCUACCUCCUGACUGCAGGAGAUGGAUGAUAUGCAGGCGUCUUUUAUUCAGUGUUAAUCAAGAAACAAAAACAAACCUUACUGGUUAAAAAAAGUGCCUCUCUUUUUGACAUAUUUAUGUUUCUGACUGGUAAAGGUGAUGUUUCCUUUCCUUAUUAAUGGGUUAUUUUACCCACCCCUGCACAUCUGUAAAUAUGGCUUCAAAUGAAAAUAUUUAAAUAUGUUAUCGUGUUUUGGAUUGGUCCUAUCACUUUUUUAGAUGAAAUAAACUACGUAAUAAUUACAA